CAGCACAAAUGGUCUGACCUUUCUUUUUUGUGGAGAUUGGCGACAAACUGUAUAUGGAUUAUUCUUUAUCCGCUUGCAAGCAAUUUCAAUGUUAUAUAAUGCGCGAUGUUCUUCCAUAUUGCUUCUGGCAAUUCUGUAUGGUGUUUUAGGAUUGAUGACAGCAAAUUCUUAUGUAGGAAAGCGAUGUUCCCCAAGACGACUUUACAUGCUCAAAGACGGCCAGUUGGUUUGUGACGAAUGUGGGGUGAAUGAGUACUGGUCAAGACAAAUAAAAAAAUGUUCUUUGUGCACAAGUCCUCGUUACACAAACUUAAAGAGGAAUAUUCGAUCAUCUUGCAAAGAUCAUGCAAAGUCUAAAAUCGUUCCUACAUCUUUUGAUCAGAUAUCAACGCAAGAAACUGAAAAUUCGUACGUGGGAACGCCCUGUGCCUCACGACGACUUUACAUGUUAAAAAAUGGCCAGUUGGUUUGUGACAACUGUGGAGUCAAUGAAUACUGGUCAAGACAAACAAAAACCUGUUCCUUGUGCACAAGCCCUCGAUAUACAAACUUAAUGAGAAAUGUUCGAUCAUCUUGCAAAGACCAUAUAAAACCAAGAACUGUUCCAAUGCCUAAUUACACGAAGAUCAGUACAAUUCAAGGACCUAAUGAUUCGACCGCAAAGAACCCUGUUUCUUCCAGUGAGAUAUUUAUUUAUCGAUGCAGAUAUAUAUUUACUUCCCAAUAAAAAGUACUUGUUCUAAUGGUCUUUAUCCAAUCACAACAUGAAAUAGACAUGAAGAAUAAUGAGAUAAAUUCUUAAACGAUUUGCUAAUGAGAGUACACUAAAUAUAUUUGAAAUAAAUCAAAGUAUUGAAUUAACUAUAAUUUUCAUAUAUAUUCCUAGCGUAUCUAUCUAGAUUAAUUGAAAUAUGAAUUUUACUCUUUAGCCUCAACACAGACACUUACGAGAAGUACAAAUAACAGAAAUUCAACUACAGGAUAUCGGCCCACAACUACUCAAGUGUUCACAAAACCAAUAAACAUUCUUACAGAUACAGCUUUAAACCCAACUCCAGAGACAAACAUAGUGACUGAAAAGACCUUUAAUUUGACAAUAUUCUACUUAAGCAUGGGGGUUUCAUUUUUAGUUGUUAUGGCAAUAUCCUUGAUAGCUAUUUUUUUCAUCAAGCUUUGCAUAUCAAAACAACGACAAAACAAUCCAAGACGAGUAAGUCAGAGUGUACCUCGCGUUACUUUGAACACCACGUCUAUAUGAUAAAACUUUAAGAAUAGAAAUAUUACACCAAUCACACAAUGUUUAUGGCUGCCACUUUGAGAGUUUGAUAAAACCAUUUUAUCAGGUUUAAAAUCAUAUCAAUUGACCGAUAACUGGUUUGAAGUUUAACGCCCGAGUCAUCUUCGUGUAAUUAUAUGUUUUCAAGCUUUAACGUCCGAACUCAACAAUUUGCGUAUAUAUCCUUUUUUUAAGCAUUAACGCCCAAAUUCUUCGAAUUAGUGUCUUAUUAUAACUUAUAACACCGAGCCCGUUGGAUCAUUUUGUUGCUGGUAAUGUGAUUGUAUGGGGGGCAAUGGACUCUGAUGUCCCCAAAAGGUCAUAUCGUUGCCUCCCAGUCAUGCACCAAAGCAUCUGUCUAUUUUUUGUUUAUAUCUGCUUGCAUAUAUAGUGUGUUUUGUGGUUUGACGAAUGGAAUAAACUCUCUCUCUCUCAC